CAAAAAUCAUCACAAAGAGCCAACGCAUUUUCUCGCUCUUACUUACGCACAGUUUCUCUCUCUCUAGAUUUUCUCUCGCUCUUACACUACUGCUACAACUACUACUUCUCGUUCUCAGUCUCAAUUGUAUGGCCGCCAAUUCGAGUAGCCGAGGGAUCACCAACUUGGGGAAGCGAUUCGUUGACCAGAUCUGGACUCGCGAUCCUUCUCGCCUCUCUGCUCCCGUUCUCAGGAGUAGGAGAGCUGCACAUACGUCAGCAUACGACAAGAACCCGGAUGAGCAGACACAGUCGAGCGUGGUUCCGGAUGAUCUGAUCGAGCCGAAGUCAGACAAGUAUUGGGCUCCACACCCCCAAACUGGGGUUUUUGGGCCUGCCACUGGGCACACUACGUUUGCUGGUGGGCGUGGCGCACAGGCCGCGCCUGCUGACGGUGGCGAGGGGUCUGUGCUGGAGCAGACGGCUUGGUUUCGUCCUACCAGCAUUGAGGAUUUGGAGAAGCCUGCUGCGCACUAAAGUCAAAGAUCGGAAUUAUUAGAUAUAAAUAAAAUAAAUUCUAUACAUAUAGUGCGGUUGCUAUCCUAUUAUAUAGUCCGUAGUUUCUAUAUAUAAACACAUAUAAGCUAAGUGGAAGUUGUUAUAUAUUUUCAUCUUUAGCUGUAUUAUGAACCCUGUUAUGCGGUGGACUAAGAUUCAUCACUAUCUUGUCACGGAGUUGCAUAUUAUAAUUAAUGCUAGCGAUUUCAUA